CAAUAGCUUCUGCCCAAAUGAUAAUCCCGUGGCGCCGCUCUUCCUAAUACUCUUUCCUUUCCACCUCUCCUCCUCGCAAUCAUCCACUUCAAAAUAUACCCUCCAAGCCAGGCAAAUCAAUGAGACCGCGCCCAACAACAAUCGCGCAGUCGCUCGCUCGCGACUGGAGCGGACAAUUCCACCACCACAGCAUCCGCACCAGGUUAACAAGACCACUCUCCACGACGCAAUGCCGCGCCAGUCGACUCCGUGCGCGUCUCGAUAUUCCUCCCCCGUUCCCGGUUACAAAGACCUGUCCCGAGCCGAGCUGCAAUUGUCCGCCGACGCCUGAAAUGCCCGAGGGUCUGCCUAUUGAUAAUGAGCAAGUGUUGAAUGGGACUAUGGUGGGCUAUGCGCAGCAGCUUGUUGUUUGUACUGGAAAGCGGGACUGGACGAGUCGAAUUGAGAAUGAUGGGAAGGAUCGGGGGUGGGGGAAUCUUGUAAGGGGGUUGAAGAAGAUGAUGGGUCGUGGAGGGCCAUACCUCGAUCCCUUCAACAACAUCCUCGUCACAAACUCCUCCCUCAGACCCUCACCCUCCACAAAAUCCCAAUCAACAGCCUCAGCCCUCCUCUUCCCAGCCUUCAAAUACAUCCCUUCAAUCCCAACCUCAAUCGCCCCCUCCUCCUCCACAACCAGCAGCACAACAACAACCCUAAAAACAUUCAUCCGCGCAUUUCUUCUCCCAAAACACCACCACGCAACACAAACCACUCUCCCUCAAUCAAAACUAACCGCCCUAACCCGCACCCCAGAACUCCAAUCCACCCACUUCCCAGGCACAAUCGACAUACUCCACUCCCCCACAAUCCUAAUCUGCGGCCACGGCGGCCGCGACAUGCGCUGCGGUCUCAUGGCACCAGCCCUAGAAACCGAGUUCCAGCGCGUAUUGCGCGGAGUGGGGUUUGAUUCUGUCGGUAGCGAGACUGAAGGUGCUGUGGGUGGUGUGGAUGGGCCGAAUCAUGCAAAUGUGGGCUUGAUUAGCCAUGUUGGUGGACACAAGUAUGCGGGGAAUGUUAUAGUUUAUAUUCCGCCGAAGAUGACGGUGCGAUCUGGGUCGGGGUCGACGCUGCAUCCAUUGGCCGGGAAGGGUAUUUGGUAUGGGCGUGUUGAGCCUAAGCAUGUACAGGGUAUCGUGGAUGAGACUGUGCUUGGAGGGCGGGUUGUGACGGAUCAUUUCCGGGGUGGGAUUGAUCGGAAUGGGGGUAUUUUGAGGUUGUAGAGUUGGUGUAGAAUGGCUUAUAUUGUAUUGUACAUCUUGUAUGAAUAGAGACAUCACGGCGAUAGAGAUACAUCAUGCACGGUAGGACAUACAACGUGAUCCAGAUUUGGGGACUGAAUAUUAGUUGAACUCAAUCUCGUCAAGGUUUCUUUCAGGAAGGUAAUACCAUAGACCUGCGAAGGCAUCGAGUUCUUUGAGCGAUACUUAGACUGGG